UUUAGCCUUGCCUUUUAUUUGUUACAAAAUUAAAUUGCCAUAACAGUCAAAUGAAUCCAUAAACUAGCAUAUAAAUAGAGCUAAUUUUAUCACCCCUGACCCUCCAUAUGUAAAAACUUCAAUGAUAAUAGAAAAAAAAUUAUUAGUCUUAUAAAAUACUAUUUCAGCACUUAGGAAAAAGUGUUAUUUUGGUAUUUGUAUACAUAUGACACUUGUACAUUUAUAAUAAGCGUAAUAAUAAUCUCGCUACUUUCUGCUAUAGAGAAUUUAAGGUAAUUGUGGUCAAAAGCAUCUCAUUACAAAAUGUAGAUUUAUCAUAAUACAUAAUAUUUAACAAUUUAUAAUAGAACAUAUUUAAUUUGAUUAGCAGUACAUAACAACGUUCAAGAUGUCAUUCAAAUGUUUUUGUUUGUUUUAAAUGAGUGUAACGUCUCAUCUUCGCUGAUUAGAAAGCUCAAAUGACGUAUCGAUACUACUCAUUUCGGAAAUUAUUCAAGAAUGGCAUCGCGAGAUUACAGUAAAGAUGAAGCGUUCCUAGCAACCUCCGUUGUUCGACUUAUUUGUACUUCCUGCUAAUGUCAGUUUUAAAACCUGACCAAUCGUGUUCUUUCUUUUGAGUAAUAGUCCAAUAGGAGCCCUUAUAGGCGGGUCCUCGCGGUGCCAUGGUUCGUGUGAAAAGUUUACCGGCUCGGGUGCAAAGUUUCAACCGUCUGCAAAGCAGAGCUCGUCGGCAGAGGAGUCAGGGAUAUGCUGGUGACGUCCGCCGGGUUUUCACACGGUUCCUAGAAGCCAGUAACUCCCAUGAUUUCCGCUCUUUGGAUAUAACUUCACCCGGAGGACACCGUGAAGCCUUAUCUCUCUGUGAACUUGAAUCGACGAGGAUCACCAGGUAGCGAAAAUGGCCUGCGGACCCAACCGUGUCCGGUUGCUAUGUAUGCUCGUACUGACUUUCGGCUUCUUCGUCGUCGAGGUGGUGGUCAGCCGCAUUACCUCUUCCCUCUCGAUGCUCUCGGACUCCUUCCACAUGCUGUCGGACGUUUUGGCGCUGGUUGUGGCUCUGGUCGCGGUGCGGUUUGCCGAAAAAACCCACUCGACCAAGAAAAACACAUUCGGAUGGAUCCGAGCGGAGGUGAUGGGGGCUCUGGUCAACGCUAUCUUUCUCACGGCGCUGUGCUUCACCAUCGUCCUGGAAGCCAUCGAGCGCUUCACCGAACCCAAAGAGAUCGAUACUCCAAUGGUGGUGGUCUGGGUCGGCGCCGCGGGGCUCCUUGUCAACGUGCUGGGGCUCUUACUGUUCCACGGGCACGCCGGAGGAGGACACUCCCACGGGGGCAGCUCUCAUGGGGACAAGGGAAAAAAGGGGAAAACGGGGAAAACCAAAAAGCUCCAGAACACUGGAGAUGGGUCAGCGGCGGAGGAGACCAACAAUCUGGUGGCGAGUCACAACAGUCCGGGUGAUUGCAGGUCAAAAACCGAUGUCAGCUGUAAAGACAACCCGGAGGUGCAGAUGAACGGCAACACCCAGUUUGAUGAUGAGCAAGACUCGUCGGCGCAGCUCAACAUGCGUGGCGUUUUCCUGCACGUCCUGGGCGACGCUUUGGGUUCCGUCAUCGUGGUGGUCAACUCCCUCAUUUUCACGUUCGUGUGGAAGCCGUGCACCGACAAGAACUGCGUGAACCCCUGCGUCAAUAGCCGCGACACGGACUUCCAGGCCAUCAAUCAGACGGGUAAAGUGGAGAUGGCGGGCCCCUGCUGGGUGCUGUACCUGGACCCCACGCUGUGUAUCAUCAUGGUGGGCAUCCUGCUCUACACCACCUACCCGCUGCUCAAAGAGUCGGCUCUCAUCCUGCUCCAAACCGUGCCCAAGCAAGUCAACAUCAGGCGGCUCAACGAGCGGCUGCUGAGCCUGGACGGCGUGCUGGCUAUCCACGACCUGCACAUCUGGCAGCUGGCCGGCAGCCGGAUCAUCGCCACGGCGCACAUCAAGUGCCGCGACCCCACGUCCUACAUGGAGGUGGCCAAACGCAUCAAGGACUUCUUUCACGACGAGGGCAUCCACGCCACCACCAUCCAGCCGGAGUUCGUCACCUUCAGCUCCCAGUCACGGGACUCUCUGUGCGAGCUGUCCUGUCGGACUCAGUGCGCCCCCAAGCUGUGCUGCGAGGCUGCAGACAAACAGAAGGGCAGCGUGGACACCAAAACAGCAGCAGCAGCAGCAACGUCCUCAGCUGUGGACGUCGUCCCUGCGAGCCAUGACCAAGUCACUGUCAUCCUGAUGUCUCAGACUGAUGCGAAGGCAGCCGUCCGCAAGGAGGUGGAGUCGUCUCUGUGAAACGAAAUGCACAGGCGAAGCAGGUGAACCGCCGUCACUUCCUGGGAGCUGUAAUCUCGUGGACCCGUUCUGGACCCGAUUAAAAAGUCAUUCUUUUUGGUGAAUUUGAUCCCUCUCGUUUUAUCAUCUCUUGCUCCGGCAGCGCGGUUCUGACGCUUGUCGUCUUUUUCACGGACCUCAACUCCUCCAGGACUGGAGCGACGCCUGCAUGACUGUCCGUCGUUUUUAGCACCUCGUCGUGAUGCGUCACCUCAUCCUAAUGGUAUCGGGGUUUUUUUCUGUGCCAAAGCUUCUCGCUACGGAUGAGUUGUGUAGAUGAGCCUACGGACCUUCUGGUAAAAUGAAUUCUCGUUGUUUUGCGUGGGCUUUGAGCAAAUCUAUUUUCUUAUACUUUUGGCUGCAAGUGGAAUAGUAUUGUAUUUCAUAAUAAUUUAAGUAUUUAAGUUAUUAGAAAUGAUUUACCUUUCUGUAGAUGCUGUUUUAUUAGAUUUAGUUUUAAUGAUACAGAAGGAUUUUUUUUUUUUUGUCCUGGAGUUUAUUUGAAUAGAAAAAAAGAAAUGUUUUAGUGAUAUAUUUUCGGAUUUGAUGUUUUUAUAAAGAUCUUGUCGUUGGACUUUUCUCUGGCCUUGACGCAGACACCUCUCACCUCGCCUUUUAAGGAAUCUGCUGUGGUUCAUGACAACAUUUUGUUGUCGGUGUGAGGAUUUCUUGCAGUGGUAGGUUUGGAAAUUUUUAAGCCACACUGGCUUGAAGUUUGAGUCUGUUGUGAAGAGGCAUGCGCCGGUAAGACAGCAAAAAUAUUGCAGUUUCACGGUAUUACAAAAAAACAGCAGAGCUCGAUCUAUUUUAUUUUAUUUAAAACAAGAAAAAGCAACAGUUAUUUCCACUAUGACUGUGAUAAUAUUACAGCAAUUCUUUCUGAUUAGCUCAUCUUGUUAAUUAUGAUUUAAAUUAGGUUUCUUUCAGCCAGCUGACAAGUGGAGGAGGGGCUCCGGCACUUUCUGUUGAAAACGUUGAAACUGAAACCGGCCCAUGCCUCAGUGUGAAGAAACAAGCACUGUAUGCCCAGCCGUGACACACGCUGAACUGGAAAACCGUCUUGUGCUGGUUGAUCUUUCAUUUUCUUGUGCUGUCUUCAGCACAAUUCAUGCUGGAGAGUUUUAUAUAUAUAUAUAUAUAUAUAUAUAUAUAUAUAUAUAUCUAAAACAUGUUUCCAAGGUGUCCACUGCAAAAACUCAAAGUUUUACCAAGUAUUUUUGGUUUAGUUUCUUGUGUAAAUAUCUCAGUACGCUUGAAAUAAGAUAAAACUAACGUACAAGUAAAUUUUCAGCAAAUAUAGGAGCUCAUUUUAAGUCAGUAAUUCCUUAAUAUUGAUUUUUCUAAAAAGUACUAGUUCCACUAUUAGAUUUUUUUUUCUCACUUAAAACAUGGAGGAAAAUGUUCUAUAUCUUGGUGAAAACUUACUUCCAAGUCAGCUUUGUCUGAUUUUUAAGCGUUUGCAACAGAAACGAGACCAACAGUUAGUUUUUGCAGUGUUGUAGUAGCGUGUUUGCAUGACCAAACCAAGACCUGAUGUUCGACGUUUACCAGCUCUACUCUGAGCUCUCGCUGCUGCUGCCCAGCGCCUGCUGGAGUCCGCCGAUGUAACUCACAACUCUGAUGGAAAUGACUCAUCAUAAAGCUCGCCGUUUGGUGAAUUUAAAGUUCAUAUGGUGGCCUUGAAACUUGUAUGACUUUUUUCUGUCAGUCACCACAGAUAUCCUCUGAAGUUGGUACAUUUCAGAUUUCCAUUCCCUAUUAAAUGUGUAUGCAAUAUAGAAAACAUGCUGGGAAAUGUAUUUUUCUUCAUGUGUAGCGUUUUGUCACUUUUACUGUGUCUUUUAUGACUUGAGCUCUAUGUGAAAAGAAAGGUGUUUUUAUUUCAAGCACAUGUCUGCUGAGGUGUUUUAAAUAUAUAUGCACAUAUAUCUAUAUAUAUUCACAGUACCUGUCCGAUGUGUCAUUGUGAAAUAAAACAGCUGUUUGCUCCAGCUGAGAAACAGAA